AUGUAAUUAGAUUUCAUAGAAAGUAUUAACUACGACUUUGAUAUGUAUAAGAGUUGUAUUUUAUUCCAGUAAUGCUUGUUAAUUAAAAAAGUUGCUCUUUAAAAAAUGGGAAUGAACAACAUCAAUUUGUUAGAGAUAGAAUCAACUUUUAGUCUUUUAAGAGACAAAAGAGAGGAACUCCAAAGUCUACUUAUUCACCUUAUAAAUAGAUAUCACAAGAGCUACAUUUUGUAUUUUUUAAUUGAGAGCUUCGAAAAAUCUCUAUAAUCUGAUGAGACACUCUCUAAGAUAUUAGACAAAGAGAAAAAGUAAAUAUAUACUGCUAUGAAUUUAGUUUAAAAUAUAAAGAAACUAACCCUGUAUUCAGAAGACAGCUGCGUAAUUUUCAUAACAUUACUCACAAAUAUUGGAAUAGUGAAAAAGGUUACAAAAAAUAUUUAUGAUGUUGUUCCUCUUUUAAAAAAUAAUGAAGUAAUAGGCAAAAAUAUAAAUUAUAUGAUGAAUUAAAAGAUUAGCGCUGUGCAUAAUAAUAUUUUGCAGAAUUUCAUUUAAAGCCAUAAUGUUGAUUUCUAAGUUAAAAAUUAUCCUCUUUUAAUAGGAAUAGACAAUUAAGGCUGGGCAAUUCCUUACAAAAUGAAAGUGUAAACUUGCUUGAUAGGAAUAAGUGAUUUUGGUGCUAGUUGCUGGGUUAAAUAAAUUAAAGACACAAAUCUAUAUAUGUAGUUGUCAUACAACAAUAAUUUUGAAAUUUUGACAAUAUCGCAAAGUAUUUACCAAUAUUUACUAAAAGACGUGAUUCCAUAAAAUCGCAUUCAAAAAGUUAAAAUUGGAAACCUCAUGCCUACGCUAGAACAUUUUAUCAAAAAAAGAUUCUCAACUUCAUAGAAUUAUUAUGAGUCUAUUUUCUUGAAACCUAGUAAAGAAGAAUUCUGCUAUAGUGAUAAUAAUUUCAAGAAAGAAAGCAAUCUUAUUGUAAAUAUUUUUGAAAUGGAAAUUUAUAAAAUUAGAGCUGAUUACUACACAAUACGACAUAGCUGUAUUGAAAUUAUUUAAGUUGUUAUAUCAUGCUUAGAACCUAUAGUAGAAUUUCAAUUUAAAGUAGAAGCAGCUAGAUAAUUAUUGUAUGAUUUUGAAUACUUUUAAGCUUAUGAUUACGAAUUUAUUGAUAACUAAAAAUUACUCCUACAAAACUAUAUAAUCCAAACAAAUAUUAAUAGAAGACAUAUGCAUAUUAAUAAUUUCUAUGAAGGUUAAUCAAACCAAAGAAUUAAUGAACUCACUUAGUCUAGUUUUGAAGAAUCUUAAAAUGAGUCAGGUAAAUAACUAACAAAUAGAGAUGAAAAUAAUGAAUAGCAUCAAUAAACUUAAAUUCCCACAUAGAACAUUACAAAGCGAAGAUAGUCUAAAAUUGACUAAAAUGAAUAAAUACAUAAUUAAUUAGCUAAUUAGAAUUAAAAAUUUUCAUUAAUGGAUUUAGAAAAACCAGAAAUUCUUAAGAAGUAAAAAACCAAGCAAUCAUUAAGAGAAAUGACUUUAAAUAGAUUAAGUAAUAAAUUGGAUACACAUAUUUUAAGUAGCAUACAACUUUAAGAAAAUGAUAGCAAUUAUGAUGCAUUAUCACCUCAUAAUAUUAAUAGCUAAUUUUAAAUUUUAUACCCUACUGUCUUUUAAUCAGGAAACGAUUUGCUAAAUUCUCCUUCUGCCUAAUCAAACACUAAUAUAAAAGACCUGGCUUAUUCUCCUCACACUAGAAAUAUGUUACAAAUGUCUACUCAUUAAUCAAGAUUAGAUUCCUUUGAUUCAAAUCCAGUUUAAGACUUGGCCUCUUUUCAUAAAAGAAAUGGGUAAAGCACUAUUUAUCAAUAGUAGAUAUCAAAAUUGAGCUCCGAGCUUUCUACUAAAAGGAUUUCUAAUCGAACUUUAGAUAAAAAUUCUCAAUUGGAUAAUCCAUUAUAAAGCAAUAAAAAUUUAAUUGCUAAAUAAAAAACUUCUUUCUUUUUCAAUUAGCUUGUAUAGAAACAGUAAUCAGCAUCUUCACAAGAUUAUUUUGAUGAACACUCUCAUAAACUUUCUAAAAUAAAUUUUAAUAGAACUAAUAGCAAAAAAUCUUUUAGAAAUGUAAAUGAAGGCAGUGUAAACCUUUCAGCUAAAACAGGAGAUUCUAAGAAAAAAUAAAAACUAAUUUUAGAACUGAGAAAACCAAAUAAAAUGACUUUGUUGAGAUCAAUAUAAUAUUUUGGAUUUAUUACUUUGCUCGUUAUGGUUAUUGUAAACAUAGUAAAUUUUGAUUAGCUGAAUAAAUAUCUAAGUAACCAAAAAGAUGAUUAUGAAAAUUAAGAUUGGGCUUGUAGAAUGUAAGUUUUGUUGACUUAAAUUUUAGGAACAUAAGGAAUAGUUAAUAUUGUAAGAAGAAAUCCAUAAUACUUACAAGCAUCAGAAAACAAAGUUUAACUGACAGCAGAUAUAAAAUCUUAGUACUUAAAAAUAAUGCUAGCUUAUUUAUAUUAUAUUGUCUAUAAUUAAGGUCCUGUAUAAGCUAACACUUUGUAGCUAUAAAUUAACUUAAUUUAACUUAACAAAUAAUUGGAUAUUAUUGAUGAUAAGAUAUAAAAAUCUAUUCAUAACACAUUUUAAAACAUAUAAGCUUCCAUAACAAGCUAGUAAAUUGCAGAUAUUAUUGUUGCCUCAUUUUUCUCCCUAUUUUUUAUACCAAUUUAUAUCUAUGUACAAAAAAAGAGAUAGGACAUCUUAGUACUUUUCUCUACUUUCGGGCCAGAUAAAAUUUAAAUGAUGAUAGAUACAGUCCUAUAAUGUGAGCUUGGAGUUGAGAAGCUAAGAUAAAUAUUCAACCAAAAUAACAGUGAUUAACAAUAUAAAAUACAAAACCAAAAAGAUGCUAAUUAAAACUUUAUAAAUAUAAAUGGUUUAAAAUCUAUUUCUAUUGAGAAGAAGAAAAACAUCAGCUCAACUACUAGACUUCCAAUUUUUAAAAUUUCUUUAAUAUUUUAUGCAACUAUAUUUAUUUUAGUCAAUGUCAUCUACUCGUUUGGCAUAGGAUUUGCUCUGAUUCCAUUUAUCGAUAACUAGCUAAAUAAUUUAGAUUACACAAAUAGUGUUUACACAAUACACUAGUUUAUGUCAGAAUUAAUUGCAUAUCGAAUGCAAUUUAUAUAAUCUAAGCAGUAAAACUAAACUAUCAUAAAUUAACAAAGUAGUAUCUCUAGAUAUGAAUACAACGCAUUUAAUAAUUUGAAUAAAAAUUUAAUGUAAAACAAUGCAUGUAUGGAAUCUUAGAAUAACCUAGGUUAUAUUGAUUCAUAGGGAUUUAAUUUAACUUAAUGUAAUUCAACUUCAGGAGGUAUAUUUUAGUAAGAAAUUAUGAAAGAAAAUGAUGAUGGAGAAGAGUUUUUUGAGAGUCACAAAACACUAACCAACAUUACAAGAAGAUAUUGA